UAAAUCCAUUCAUUACCAUUCUUGAUGAGAAGCUUAAUAAUCGCCACGUGACACGAUGCCCGACAGAUAAUUUGAAAGGCGUGUUACAUGUGAAAAUUUCGCGCCACACAGUUUUCCCACAAUGCAACUCGAAUUAUUUUAAUGGCCGAUGGAUUACGCCAAAUUUGGAUGGUUUAAAUCUGCUUAUUUUCCUCGAAUCGGUUUCCGAUUUUUCUAAAAGUCCGUACUAUCUGUUGGACAAAUUGUGAAGGAUUAUGUCUUCAUCUAAAACCAGGGGCAGUAGCAAAGGUGGUAGAGCAAAUGAAAAUGUGACUUCAAAUAACGGCAGGCGCUCCCCUCGAACCACCGUUUUUCCUUCAACAAGAAAACUAAGUACACCUAGCAAGCUAAAUGCAUUUGAAACACCAAGCAGUAGUAAAACAUUCCAAAAUAGUGAUGAACCUCCAACUUUGACUCCAGAAAGAACUCUUCCCACUCGAGCAAAACGUAGUCAAGCUCUCGAAAAGAUGUUCAAUUAUCCAAGCGAGUCUGUUGUCCAAAGCAGUAUGCCAGGUUCCAAUACAAGACAAUCAGUUAGAGAUAAAACCAUCAAUGUAUCUAGCUCAAAGACAACUCCCAUUGUUCAAAAUAAAAAUGUGAGAAAACCAAGUGCAGAAAAAACUUCAAAGCAAAUUGCUCAACAUGUAAGGAAAGUGGAUAAAUUAAUAACACCUUCAAAACCCAAAUCAGUUUCUACUGCUAGAAAAUCAGCAAGAGAAUCUGAAAAUGUAUCAAUUAUAAAAGAAUCAUUUCAGAAAAAUGCUUCAGCUGAGGUAAAAUCAAAAUGUGCACCAGAAUUACCUCCUCUAACUCCCCCCACACAGAAAAGCAUUAAGUCUCCAUAUGUCCAACUCACGAGGAGUAGCAGCGGUAAACAAAAGAAGAAAAGAUCCACAUCAAAAAUCUCAACAAAUGCCAAAAAGGAACUGUUCAAUGAAUAUGCAAGCUUAAAUCUCCAGCCAAAACUGAAACUCCAUAGGAUAGAUGAUGUUUUACUGAAAAAAAUCGGUAUUAAACAAGAUAACAAAAUUUUGCCCAGUAUAUCAACUGAUGAUGUAUAUGAACAUUAUCCCCUUAUGAAAGAUACCAAAGUGCAACAGGACAGCUCCUUCAUGGCAUUAAUGAAAAUAGCUGUUGCUAUGAAAACAAAGAAUUCUCCAGAAAAAAGUAAUGAAGAUGAUAAAAAGAUCUUAAGUGUAUCUGAUGUACAAAUGGAAUCCCAGAGGAGCCAAAUAGCUCAAACAAGUCAUGAUGACAAAAGCAACAAACCACAAGGGUCAACUCAAGGUGGUUUUGGAACUCCAGCAAGCGACACAUCUACUCAUGUUAAAGAUACAGACACAAAAGAAAGUGACAACAAUAUCAAGGAAUUUAUGUUAAGAAAAGAAAAAGCAGUUAAGAAUAAUAAAAUUGAUGAACAGAAUGAAAAAGAACUCACUGAAAAAAAUUCUAGAAAGUCAUCCAAUCAAAAAGGUUCUGAAAAAACAAUAAACCCGAGUAAAGAUGAAAAUAAUAUUUUCACCAAGAUUCAGCUUUUAAAAUAUAAUGCAACUAGUAUGGAGUCUAAUGCGACCAGUAUGGAGGAGACUAAUGUGACACCUAUGAUGUCUAAUGAUACCACUAUAGAGUCUAAUGUGACCAGUAUAAAGUCUAAUGCGACUAGUAUGGAGUCUAAUACAACUGGUAUGAAGUCAAAUGAUACCAGUAUAGAGUCUAAUGCAACUAGUAUGGAGUCUAAUGUGACUUGUAUGGAGUCUAAUACAACUAGUAUG